AUGGCAGACUACAAGGCAUCAAAGGAGGCCUUCGUCUCGGACGGCACAGGCUCGUCGAUCACCCAUGUAAACCUCGUCUCCGCAGUCGCCCUCUGCUCCAUCGCACUCCAUACCGCAUUGCAAUCACAUCUAUCUUCACUAAACUUGCUACUGGAAUGGACAGUAUUAGUCCUCCCACUCCUCUUGUCCAUGACUCUCUUUGCAGAUUUCCCUCUCUUACUGUCCUUUAUCCUCCUCGUUCCGACUGUCUUACUGUUCUUCCGUUCGUCCAGGCAAGACGACGAGCCUCCAUUAUCGCCACUAUCCAUCUCUCGAGCACCGUCCCCGUUGCACUCCUCGAGCUUUCCUCCUCAACAAGUCUCUUCCUCACAAUCAAGCGAUGAGAGUAUACCAAUAGCACCGCUUCCAGCUUUGACGGUCUACCGAGCACACAUGAUGCUCAUGACAAUCCUCGCUAUACUUGCAGUCGACUUUCCCGUAUUUCCGCGCUCCUUGGCGAAGUGCGAGACGUUCGGAGUGUCAUUGAUGGAUCUCGGAGUGGGAUCGUUCGUCUUUUCCCAAGGUGUCGUCUCCGCAAUACCACUCCUUAAACAACCACCGUGCCUCUUGGCGCCGGCUGUACCAAAAAUUCUUUACGUGUCGAAGAAAGUACUUCCGCUUUUCGUCCUCGGCAUCGUCCGAGUGAUCUCGGUGAAAGGCACGGAAUAUCCUGAGCAUGAAUCAGAAUAUGGAACCCACUGGAAUUUCUUUUUCACAAUGGCUCUCCUUCCGGUGCUCGAGGUUCUGCUUCAUCCCGUGAUAAUCCUCUUGCCAAUAUCACUCCUAGGAUUCUUGGUAGCUCUCUCUCACCAGCUCACCCUGUCAUUAACUCCGCUACAAAACUUUGCCUUACACGCGUCUCGUACGAAUCUUAUAAGCGGCAAUAAGGAAGGGUUGGUUUCGCUCACAGGAUAUCUCGCGAUUCAUCUUCUGGGGCUCUCUGUAGGCACGCUACUCCUCCCGCCCUCGCCAUCAGAAUUUCGACAGCAACAACAUAAACUACGCCUUCAACUUCGUGGAUCGACGUCACCUGUUUCCCCUUCGAAAGCUUCUCAACGCAAGGACGAGACCAAGGAAAGAACGAAAACAUGGAAACGCCAAGAUGACAAGACCGUCCUCGAGCUAUUUUCAUAUGCGCUACUUUGGUGGACUGUUCUCGGAGUAUGUUACUUAACGGAUAUCGGAGGAGGAGUGUCUAGGAGACUUGCUAACCUACCCUACGUCAUCUGGAUCGCAGCGUUCAACACAUCCUUCAUCAUGUUCUACCUCCUACUAGAUAAACUCCGCCCCUCAACCUCCCAGUCCAACCACAUCUCAAGAAACACUCUACACCCUACCUCCUCCGCGCAUGAUUCGUACUUUCCAAGCGACGACAUGAAGUCGAGUAGGAAGGCACCAGCGCUGUUAGAGGCGAUCAACCGUAAUGGGCUUGCGCUUUUCUUACUCGCAAAUGUGUUAACCGGCCUGAUCAACUUAUCCAUGUCGAGCAUGUACGCCUCAAACAUGGUCUCCAUGGUUGUUCUAUCUUUAUACUCUUUCGGAAUGUGCUCAGUCGCUUGGGACGUACACCAAAUUCCUAUCACAAACAGAUGUGUUCGUCUUGCGCUGAAGGCGUAA